UGCUAUUGGCUCUUUGUUGUAAUAGGCCUAAGCACUUAAUUCGCAUUUUGUGUAAGUGAUUUAGGCUCCCAUUAUCAUCACCAUGGCUUCACAUCAAGGUUUGAAGAGUUUGGGGAUUUUUGUUCUUGCUUUAGUCUUUUGCAUGCAAGCCGUACAAGGAAAAAUAUCCUGCGAGAAUUUGAACAAAGACUCGUGUGCCUAUGCAAUAUCAUCUUCCGGGAAGCGCUGCGUGCUGGAGAAGCAUGUGCGCAGAACCGGCGAUGAAGUAUACUCAUGCCGAACAUCAGAAAUUGAGGCCGAAAAACUCAAGGAGAUGAUUGAAACUGAUAAGUGCAUCAAGGCCUGUGGCUUGGAUAGGAAUGUGCUGGGAAUUUCAUCUGACUCUCUUUUGGACUCUCAUUUUACCCAAAAACUCUGCUCAACACAAUGCUAUGGUGGCUGCCCCAACAUUGUUGAUCUCUACUUCAAUCUUGCCGCUGGGGAAGGUGUAUAUCUUCCCAAAUUAUGUGAUGCGAAAGGUGCAAAUGCUCGUCGAGAAAUGAGUGAAAUCAAGAGCUCAGGAUAUGUAGCACCUGGCCCCGAGUCAGGUGUCAAGCCUGUAAGCUUCAUGAUUGCCCCAGCAAUGGCUCCUUAUUGAUAUCAUUUCCCGGCAUACACAGAUUACACCAGACAAGCCACUAAAUACUUAUGAGUUUACACGUUUCACGGUCAUAGAGUACAAGCCGACACCGAUGGAUUUUUCCGACUGCGUGUUGUAGAAUAUUAUAUGUUUGUUUGAAUAAGAUGAUGAUCAAUAGUCAGAAGGUUACGUAGUUUCAUAUAAAAAAUGUAUUGAAAUAUGAUUGUUGUAUUAAGUAUUAUUGAAUCUUUGAAUUAAAUUUGAGUGAUUAUCAAAUAGCGACGAGUUAUUCUUC